GUCGUCUUCCCUUUCCGUCUGGCCCGGUCGUCAUCGGCCUGGGUGGGUGGCCCGGGUGGCUGGUGCCAUGUGUGCGCGCAAAUUUUGGCGAGGCACAAUUUUUGAAGAAUCCGUCGGGAGAUGCAGAGGCUCAGGCCAAGUCCAAAUAAGAUCGCAACGCAGGCUCACAGGAGGACCUCCCUUCCCACCACCAUCUCCCCUUCUCCUACACCUGUACAUCCCUACCUUAGCACUGCAAGCAAUUACAAAAUGGGAAAGAAGGACAAGUCACAAGUAGCCGCCGCACCGGCACCCGCCGCUGCUGCCACCAACGGCAAGAAGUCCAGCAAGAAGGACGCUGCUGCUGCUGCUCCCGCUCCCGUCAAGGCUGACAAGAAGUCAAAGAAGAGCAAGAAGGAGCCUACACCUGAGCCAGAGGAGAGCUCAGAGGACUCGAGCGACAGCGAUGACAGCGAUGACAGUGAUGACAGCGACAGCGACUCAUCAGAAAGCGAGGUGAGUAGCGAAGUAGGGGCAAGCUAGCCCUGGUCAGGUGUACCGGCUAGAGGGAGUUCGUCUAGCAGCCAAAGGACAAAAGCUGACACCAACCUCUAUCUAUUCCC